CCCACUUAUAACCCGGCCAGCCCUCGUCGGACACACCACUUUCCAGGUUCCCUCGGGUAUUUCGUUCUUCUGAUUGUGUAUAUAACCCAGUGUUCAGUCUAUACUACUCUCUCACACGGCGAUAGAUGUCUUCCCUAGCUGAAGCAACCGCAAUCUUCUGGGCCCUCGUAGGCCCCUGGAUGUUCCUUCUAAACGCCUUCUCCUACCUUCCCCCCACUAUCCUCCGCCUCUUCCGCGAGGGAGACUAUGCCGCCCUCACCACCCCCUCCCGCGUCCAAGACGCCUGGUUCUCCGCCUUUUGGGCCUGGCUCGGCCCCAACAUCCGCGUGGGCAGGUCAGAAAUGAUGGUCGCUCUGCUAGAGGGCCGCGUCACGGACGGCAAAGUCGUCGAGGACCCCGUCCACCCGCCCGUCAGCGGCGUCGUGCUGGAGAUCGGGCCCGGGUCGGGGAUGUGGGUAGACAUCUUCGCCAAGGGCCGCGAAGGUGAUGAGAAGAAGAAGUCGGCCGACGCAGCGGCUGGCAUGGCGCGCGGCGGCGUCAGGAGGCGCGUCGCGGAGGGUGUGAAGAGAGUCUACGGCGUGGAGCCCAACACCGAGGCGCAUCCCGCGCUGAGGAAGAAUAUCCAGGCCGCAGGGCUGGAGGGCACGUACGAGAUCGUCCCCACCGGCAUCGAAUCCCUCUCCGACCCGACCGCGUGGAAUGGUAAGAUUGAAAAGGGAAGUGUUGACUGUAUCGUCUCCAUUCUCUGCCUCUGCAGCAUCCCUGAGCCGGAGAAGAACAUUGCCGAGCUCUACUCCUAUCUCAAGAAAGGAGGCAGGUGGUAUCUGUACGAACACGUCGAGGUGAUGCAAAGUCGACCCAUACGCCUAUAUCAGCGUAUCGUCAACCUGGUUUGGCCGCGCGCUUUGAACGGCUGCCAAUUAUGCCGCAACACUGGUCAAAACCUUAGGUCCGCAGGAUCAUGGGCAAACAUCGACGUUCGUCAGCCUCAAGAUGAGACAUGGUUUCAAAUAGUGCCACACAUCUUCGGAACUUUUACCAAGUGAUCCAUGGCACAGGAGAGUCGACCAGGCGCUGGGCCGACCACCAAUGGCCGGCCUGGGGAAAUUCACAUCAUAGUGCAGUUAUGUUUGAUAACGGGCAGGGGUUUUCUCAUGUCGCCAUCGCAUUGCAAUUGCAUUCAAUCAUGCUGGGCAUAAGCGAUGCUCAUAUUAUGUGACUUAGGUAGCUAGCUAUACUGCUCGUCCCCAUUCACCAUUAGCGUGUACCUCAACCCAUCACUCAUGACCGUUGUGCCCUG